AUGGACGCACAGGGCGAAAAGAAACCCCAGGGUCAGGACCAGCCCAAGCGCAGGGCGUGCGAUGAGUGCCGAGCCAGAAAGCUCGCCUGCUCCAAGGAAAUAGACGGCUGCGCGCGCUGCAAACGUGAGGGAAUCAAAUGCGUAUACUCGGCGCAAAAGCGCAUGGGCAGGCCAAGGAAGCAGCGCCAUGUCGAACCAGAGAUGCCAGAAGCGCCAAAAGCGCCAGCCGGAAAUCCAGCUCUAGUUCGGUCUGUUCCAGCGACCGAGCCUGCCACAGCCCUCAUCCCGGACAUCGAGUUCGACAGCACCAUCGGCAUGGACCUUGAUAUGUCCUUCCUCGACAUGAACAACUCGGAUCUCAAUUUCCUAAACCUGCUUGAUCCGAACAGUACGUUCCUGCCAUUGCCCGACGCCGCUGCGGCCACAAGUCUGGACACAGACAUGUAUGCCAACCCAUGCCAGCCAUCUGGCAGCUCAAUGAGGCCCUUUGGGGCCGUGAGCGAUCGUCUUGGCGACAUAGACUUCGAGGUACCGUCUUCCUUGCCGCCAUCACAAAUCGAGGAGAUCACCCCCGAGCAAGUCCGCCAGAUCAUGUCGGCCGAGCUCGCAGAGACGGCACCCAGUCUCUCGCCGCCAUCCUCCAACUCUGCAAGCACUCCAGAAUCCCCGCCAGAGGACAGCAGCACCCAAACAUGCGGUUGCCUGGCAGCGCUAUACCUGGCCAUGCAGUCUCUCCAGACCCUGCCAAAGGAAGUCGCCCAAGCUAUGGCCGUGGCUCGCACGGCCGCCAAAACAGCGCAUGACACCAUUCUCUGCAAAGUAUGCGGCGACCCGCCAAUAGAGACAGGCUGCCAGGGUCACCCCGUACCCAUCACCUCUUACCAGAACAUGCUGAUGCUCGGCGCGCUGCUCCCGUCGCUGUCCAAUGCGUACAUGCGCAUCCUGGCCAUGGUCGACGCCGAGGCCGAGGCCGCCGCCGCGGAGCAUCGCCAGAUCCUCUUUACGCUCCGCAACUACGGCGGGCUCUGGGGCUGGGUGGCCUCGCAGGACCUGGCCAAGUGCGGGGGCAACAAGUGGCUCGAGGGCACGAUGCUCGAGCCGCUCCUGUGGCGGCUGACGGUGCGCGCGCUGCUCAAGAUGGACGUCUACGGCAUUAACGAGCUGACCCCCGGCGCCGGGUGCGACCACGCGCGCCAGCCGGGACUCAAGGAUAUUAUCAACAUGAUGGAGGAGCGUUCACGCCGGCGCCACCAGCUGCUCGACCAGCUCGUGGCGUCGGGCGCCGUCCACCACCCUGGCCCCUUUUACAUCCCUCUUUCGUCAACCGGCGAAAAGCCAACGUGCAUGACGAUUAUUGAUAUCGCGAAGAGGUCGAUGGACCAUUUGGUCAUCCCGUAG